AUGAAAUGGGAGAAGUUAAAACCUCCAGAACCUGACGAUCCAAUGUGUUGCUGUGAAUGCGACAUAUUCCAGAACGGGUGUUGUUGUGACUGUGAGGAUCUGAAUGAGGCCUUCAACAGAUGGCUGAGAGACAAGGCGCCAAAGAGUGGAUGCCAUUCAUUUCUACUGGUAGCCUUAAUUGACAACUUGGAGAUCUCCCUGGUUCCUGCACUGGUUCUUCUGCCACUCCUGAUACGUGUGGCGGCGCUGCACUAUCUGCUAGGUAUCAUGAUCCUAACGGCUCUACCUGGCUUGGUGCUAUGGCUCUACUAUGCCACCCACAAAAGGAAAAGACGCACGCUCUUCUUCCUCACCCUGGCGCUCUACUCUCUCGCCUACAUGUAUUACCUCUUCAUCACUGAGAUUUUACCUCGUGGAGAUGUGAGUCAGGGGCAACUGUGCACUGUGACCACUGGGAUGAUCUUCACAAUUGUCUCUCUGGUUCGGACCAAGAGAGGCCCGGGGAUUGUCAGUAGCACACCACAUGAGGACAUCAACGGUUCAUCACAUCUUACUGUAUCAGUGCUGUCAGAGGCCUCCUCACCUCUCUCAGAAUCAAGACCUGUGGGAAAAUGGAGCCGCUGUUCUAUUUGCAAAAUCCUACGACCCCCUCGAGCGGGACACUGUAGAACAUGCGGAGCAUGUGUACAUCGCCUGGACCACCACUGUGUCUGGAUAAACAGUUGUGUAGGACAGGGUAACCACCGCAGCUUCCUGUUGACUCUGUGUGUAUUCCUGCUGACAUCUCUGUACGGGAUCAGUUUGGUGCUCCGCAGCCUGUGCCCUCAACAGUAUCUAGUCAGCGCACUCUUCUACUGCCCUGGGGUCUACUCUCAAACCAGCUCAGCAAUCUGCUUCACCUGUGCCUGGUACAGUGUCAUAGUUACAGGGGGGCUGCUGUACCUAUUGGUGUCACAAGUAGUGAAUAUCAGCUUCAACGUGACCGAGCGAGAAGCUCAGCUGGCCCUGAGGAACAAAACGGCUCGAAGUCGUCUGUGGGGGCUCGCCAUCACCACGGGAACAUAUUCACGGGGCUUCUACCAGAACUGGGUUGACUUCCUCACUAUGGCUGAUGCCAUGGCAGGAAAGUGGUACCUGAUCGGUUUUGCCUCAAAUGACCAAUGGUUUGUCCAACACCGUGAUGGCAUGAAAAUGGGCACAGCCAUGCUCAACCCGACUCCAGACGGUGACCUGGAUAUUUCAUAUGCAAGUCUAAAGUGA